CUGUCCCGGCAGGCCUUGCGCGGUGCGGCUGGUGGCUGUGUCGGUAAGAUGGCGGCCGUGAGUCUGAGGCUCGGAGAUCUGGUGUGGGGGAAGCUGGGCCGGUAUCCUCCGUGGCCAGGAAAGAUUGUUAAUCCACCUAAAGAUCUGAAGAAACCUCGUGGAAAAAAGUGCUUCUUUGUGAAGUUUUUUGGAACAGAAGAUCAUGCUUGGAUCAAAGUGGAGCAGCUGAAGCCUUAUCACCCUCACAAAGAGGAGAUGAUAAAGAUUAACAAGGGUAAGCGCUUCCAGCAAGCUGUGGAUGCUGUAGAGGAGUUUCUUAGAAAAACCAAAGGCAAGGACCAGGCGUCUUCCCAUAACUCCAACGAAGAGAAGAAUCGGCGUAAUUCCAGUGAAGAAAGAAGCAAGCAAUCUGCUGGUGAAGAGAAACGCAAGGCCAGUUUGUCUGAAGGAAAGUUGAAGAAGGGCACAGGGGAAGGAAAAAAGAGGGUCUCUUCUGUAUCGUCAGAGAGAGGAUCAAAAUCACCUUUGAAAAGAGCCCAGGAUCAGAGCCCCCGAAAGCGGGGGCGUCCACCCAAGGAUGAGAAGGACCUCACAAUUCCAGAGUCAAGUACAGUGAAGAGAGUGAUGACUGGAACAGUGGCUGGAUUUAAAUGGCCACCAAGCGUCAGUGAGCCUGUGAAGGACAGUGAUCCACACUUUCAUCACUUCCUGCUGAGCCAGACAGAGAAGCCAGCUGUCUGCUAUCAAGCCAUCACAAAGAAGCUGAAGGUUUGUGAAGAGGAAACAGGAUCCACCUCCAUCCAGGCAGCAGACAGCACAGCAGUCAAUGGCAGUAUCACACCUACAGACAAAAAGAUAGGAUUUCUGGGACUUGGCCUGAUGGGAAGUGGCAUUGUCUCCAACUUACUGAAGAUGGGUCACACUGUCACUGUCUGGAACCGGACUGCUGAGAAGUGUGAUUUGUUCAUCCAGGAGGGGGCACGGCUGGGAAGAACCCCCGCUGAAGUUGUCUCCACCUGUGACAUCACCUUUGCCUGUGUAUCGGAUCCAAAAGCAGCAAAGGAUCUGGUACUUGGUCCGAGUGGAGUGUUGCAGGGGAUUCGUCCAGGGAAGUGUUAUGUUGAUAUGUCCACUGUGGAUGCAGAUACAGUCACAGAGUUGGCCCAGGUGAUAGUGUCCCGGGGUGGUCGCUUUUUGGAAGCACCGGUCUCAGGAAAUCAGCAGCUAUCUAACGAUGGGAUGCUAGUGAUCCUGGCAGCUGGUGACAGGGGUUUAUAUGAGGACUGCAGUAGCUGUUUCCAAGCGAUGGGGAAGACCUCUUUUUUUCUAGGUGAAGUAGGCAAUGCUGCCAAGAUGAUGCUGAUUGUGAACAUGGUCCAAGGCAGCUUCAUGGCAACGAUAGCAGAAGGACUGACUUUGGCUCAAGUGACUGGCCAGUCCCAACAGACCCUUCUGGAUAUCCUCAAUCAGGGACAACUUGCCAGCAUCUUCCUGGACCAGAAGUGCCAAAAUAUUUUGCAAGGAAACUUUAAACCUGAUUUCUACCUGAAAUACAUACAGAAGGAUCUUAGAUUAGCUAUUGCACUGGGCGAUUCUGUCAACCACCCAACUCCCAUGGCAGCUGCUGCCAACGAGGUCUAUAAACGAGCAAAAGCAUUGGACCAAUCAGACAACGACAUGUCUGCAGUGUACAGGGCCUACAUCCACUAGGCUGCACCGUUCUUACUGUUAAUACUAUGAUUAUUGAUUAAUAUUAUUAUGAUACUGGGUUUUAACUCUGGACCAGUCCAUCUCUGUCUCUCCAUUUCCUUUUAUACACAGACUUUGAGAUCUGCCACGGAGGCAGCUGCUGCGGUGAGCCUUCCCCUGGUGGCAGAAAGGGGGGAGGAGGGGGCUCGGAUUGUUGCAGUCUAAUUAGAAAAAUCCAUGCCAUGCACUGACAGUCAUGGAACAGAACAGUGGCGGCUUGUUCAGAAGCUCUGAGGCAACUCUGCCAGAAAUCUGCUGCUUGGCUGCUUUUAUUUUCCAAUUUGUAUGCUUGUCCAAGAUGCUGUUUCUAACGAUCCCUUUUCUCCUUUGCUGUGAAAUAAUGCGUGUGUUGGACUCUCUGCAUCAAGGGGACAGGUGACACACAUCCCAUCUACCUGUGAAUAUUGCUAAAGUCCUUGGUCCCAAGUAAGGUGAGGAGCAUUUCCUGUUAAUCGGCCACUGUUAGAGAACAAAGCACCUCCCAUGGAGGAGAAUGGCAGUUCCAGAAGUCAAUAAUUACAAAGGUGUCUUGAAUUGUAGCAGUGUCACAAGCAGAGUGAUGAGUCUGAAAGAGGCGAGAAGAAUGAUCGUAGAGCCAAGAGACUGAGAAUCCUGAGCUCCUUUCCAUGCUCUCUCUCUGGCCUUUGUAUGGUCAUUGUAUCUCUUAGCCUGUUUGCCCAUCUUUAAAGGUGGGUGAUGAUUACCUACCUCACAGGGAUAUUUUUGUGUACUGAUUAGUGAUCUUUAUACAUGUCAGACUUUCCAUACAUGUUCUUAGUCUUACUACUCUGGGUACACUAGCACAGCAUGAGACUUUUCCCUGUACCUGUGACUCUGCUUGUAGCCAGAUACCAACUUCUAGAAAGACUAGUAAACAAAUGGGAGGCUAAGACCACUGCUGAGCUUUAGUCUAGGAAUGUGGGACUUGAACUGCAGAUGCCAAGGCUAGAGAGCAGAGAUGCUCUCAUUGUUGAUAGCAGAGCAACCCAGAGUCCAAAGGAUGCAUGUCUCUCUAAAAAUGCACAGAGCAUGUUUUUGGGUGUGGUUUGUUGUGUUUUUUUGGUUUUUUUUAAUUGUUCUCAGUAUUAGCCUUUUAGGAGGGUUCUUGCAUUUUGGAUUUGAGAGUUAGUAAAAUGCCAGUAAGAAACUUUAUUGGCCAAAAUCGCUUUUCAGUGGCACAAUCUCCUCCCUUGGUUUGGGAUUCUGAAAGGAAAGAAAGCAAAUUCAAAUUAGACCAUGUUCCUUUAAAUCCAUGAGGUCUGCCCCUCCCGCCAUCUUAUUUUUCUAGGAACUUAAUGGCUGUGUUAGGAAAUCUUCCUGUGGGUUAGGAUUUCUGACCAAUCCUGCUGUGUGCAGCAUGUGCAUAUGGUUCAGGGGCACCUUAUUAAGAAACAGAGAAAGUAUCAGAUACUCAUUACGAAUCAUGACAUCUAACGCCUAAUGCUGUAAAUGUUACUUUGUUGAAUAUUUCACCUCCUGUGAUCACUAUUAUUUGUGGGCUAAUAUUGUGUUAACGCAUUAUGUCCUGUGGUGAACAUCUAGUAAUAGAUCCGUUAGAUAUCACUUUGCCCGUUUGUCAGUGGUAUAUGUGAACAAUACUAGUUACACAUACAUGUUUCUUUGGCAGUGCAACUGUCAUCCUGCAUGUAGAUAUUCAUAUUAAAGGCACAUAUAACUACCCAGGAUAACCAGCCAUUAGCCUGCUUUUGACACACUUGUGCUUCCCCCAUCCAGAAGAACUCCGCUAUUAGCAUCAGAAGUCCUUGGUUAAACAUGCCGCAGUUAAGAAAUCAUUUACAUGAAUGGUGUAUUGAGGGCAUCUGGGCGAAAUUGUGUUUUGGGGGCAGGAGAUAAGACCACAGGUUUUAUAGUGUAAGAAAGCUUUUGGGAGGAAGAGGGAGGUGCUGUCUCGGGUCCAGUUGAGAGUGGAACUGUGCUGAGCCAGUGCAGCAGCAUCCCCAACCUGUUCCUGCUGAGAUCUCUUGGGCCGGGGUAAAGGUGAAUGGGUCUGAGCAAAGGUAAUGGAGGAUCUCCCUCUUUUUCUACUUUGUGGUGCCUCUGGAUAGAGUGAGAAUAUGAAAGGAGCUCUCAAGUCCUGUGAUACGUGUUUUGUAGUGAAUUCAAAGAACCAUGUUUGUGAGAGAGGAGAACCACUCCCAUGGCAACUCCCUGCUGCAGGUUUUGUUUUCCAGAAAUACUGUAGUGCUGGAAAUGGCGAUUGUUAUUUAUGUGGGAGUGGCAGGUGCAGACUAGUUAAACACUGUAAUUUAUCCUGGGAAAGUCUGACUGCAGCUUUCUGGUGAGGUAGGUGGAUGUAGAGUGGCUGGAAGGUGCGGUGCUGACCAGCCAGUUGUACAAUCACAGAUAUGCCAGGGAGGAGCAGGAGACCGAGAGCUCUGAAGUGUGGGUGUGAAGUGAGGAGGAGGGAUGGAAAUGGUGUAAACCGGACUGUUUCAGAUGCCAUUUCAGAUUGACUUGUGUCAGUCUCACUCAGAUUCUUGUAUUUAUGUCUGUAGCCUCUGAACAUGGAUCUUAAUCUGUUCCUAGGCCUGAGAUUUGGGGGAGGGAAGGGGGGGAAGCUGUGGAUUGAGAGAUGCUCUAAUAAAACUGGCUAGUCAAUGUUGUCUUAAUAUUGUUGACAAUUCUGUAAAGUUCCUUUUUAUGAGGAUUUCUGUUUUAGAAAUUUGCUUUUUUGACUCCCUCCUUUUUAAAGAGAAAAUGUGACACUUGUGAAAAAGCUUGUAAGAAAAGCAGUUUCUUUCUUCCUCAAUGAUAGAUCCUAUAGUUAAUUAAGGUUGUGAAUUUUUAUUUUUUUGCCUUGUUUUUAAUUAACGUUUGUCUUUCAGAAUAGGAUGUGUGAAAAUGUUUAAAUGGCAAAACAAAAAGAUUUUUUUUGUGCAAUUAACAAAGCUACUGGCAAAAAGAAUAAAACCCUUCUUGGUAACA